AUGUCUGUAAAAGCUGUUAAAUAUUUGUACAAAUAUAUAUACAAAGAGUAUGAUUGUGGCAAUGUUUUGAUAAAUGAACAGGUUAAUCACGAUGAAGUAAACACUUUUUUAGAUUGUUGUUAUGUUAGUGCGCCUGAAGAACUGUGGCAAAUAUUUGAGUAUCCCAUUAGUCAUAUGUCACACACUAUUAUCAGUCUUAAGGUUCAUCUUCUUGAGAAUCAGAUAAAAUAUUUUAGAGAAGGAGAAAAACAAGUGGCUUUAGAUCGUGCUGCUCAACGCGAUACACACCUUACGGCAUGGUUUAAAUUAAAUUACGAAAAUGAAGGAGCGCAUUGCUAUUCAUAUGUAGAUAUUCCAUCACUUUGUAUUUCAUAA